GUCAAUGUCUCCUUCUCAUGAGACUUUUCCCUCUCUCUUAUUGUGUUUGAGUAUCAACUGAUAGAUUCUUUGUUCUUUCAUUAUCUUAAUUCCUAUCUUACAGGCCUCAUUAUUGUGUCUUUUAGAACCCCAUCGUUGAUUCCCAAUCGUUGGUCUCUAGUGAACCCCCGCUCUAAAAUCCAACCACCAAGUACGGUAUACGCUUGUUCCAGGGGCUGCAUAGUGCAAAGUGUCCUUAGACCUCAGCCUUGCCUCCACCAACUCGGCUCAUUCCAUUCAACUUCCCGAGCUCUUUUUUUCCGUGACCCGAACUUGGGAAAAAGGAGUGAGUCCGUCCUGCGCAGGUGUCGAGUUCUGUCUUGCCUGCGGUUUCCAUCCUUGUUCUUAUUUCGUCUUUUGGUCCAUUGGAGCUACCUGCGUCCAUCUUUACGCUGCUAUGAAGGUCUCUUUCUCUUUGGCUGCGCUGCUGGCAGCAAGCCUGUCGCAGGCUCAGUAUCUCAUCAGUGAACUUAGUUUUGGUCAUGCUGGAAGGAUAAGCCCACCCGAAGCUCGUGGACAGAUCCCCAACUUUGCUGUCCAAGGCAACCCCAACACGCCCGAGGUUCUCUCAAACCGAAUCAUCUUGACACCUCUUGCUCCUGGUAAUCAACGAGGUGCCGUAUGGGGCCAGCAGCCUUUACUUCGAAACCAAUGGAUCGCCGACGUCGACUUCCGAGCCAACGGACCUGAUCGUGGCCGUGGUAACCUCAACAUCUGGCUUGUUCGCAACGGUCCUGCUACGAUCGGCUCUGGAAGCAUUUACACUGUCGGAAAGUUCGACGGUUUGGCUCUGGUUAUUGAUACUUCUGGCGGUUCCAGUGGUAUGGUUCGAGGGUUCUUGAACGAUGGAAACACCGAUUAUUCGAGGCAAAGCAAUGUCGAUGAGCUCUCAUUCGGCCACUGCCCUUACAACUACCGCAACCUCGGCCGACCUUCGCAGGUCAAGCUUCGACAGACCGCCAGGACAUUCCGUGUUGAGUUGGAUGGUAACCUGUGCUUCGAGUCAGACAAGUUCAGCAUUCCCACAGGCUAUCAGUUUGGUGUCACUGCUGCUACCCCUGAUAAUCCUGAUUCUUUUGAGGUCUUCAAGAUGGUUGUCAUGGCUGAUAACAGCGACAGUGGUCCUGUGCGUGACCCUCCUAAGCAGAACCAAAAUCAGGGCCAGAAUCAGAACCAGAACCAGCGUGUUCCACCCGUCAGGGACACCUCCAACAGUAACAACAAGCGAAACGAUGGCGAGUACGCAGAUGAAGAUCCUGAUAUCUUCCAGACUUCCAAAGCUCAGUUCAUGGAUCUGCACAAUCGCCUUCAAAACACCAACCACCAGCUCGCCUCCCUGCAGCGCACCUCCUCACGCCACCAGCAGCAGGAUGAGAAACGCCACGAGGACUUGACCGCCCUGAUCGGCCAGCUCCGUGCUGAUAUGAGAAAGCUCGACGAUAUCACUGCUCUGCACAGCCGUGUCAUGGAGCUCGAGAAGGAUAUUCAGGGUCUCCGAAAGGAACUCAACCGCAAGCUGCAGUCAACCGAGCGUACCUUCAAGGACACCCUCUCUGACCACCAUAACUCUUUGUCAGAGACUGUCAUGGCCAAGACUCCUGGCCACCGCUUCCUUAUCUUCGUCUUCCUUGGCACACAGGGUCUUCUCGUUGCGGCUUAUGUGGUUUACAAGAAACGGCGCUCAUCCAUGCCUAAGAAGUAUCUGUAGACUCAUGAAAAAGGACUAAAAAGAGGGGGAGUAUGGAUUCAAGGGAGAACUUGUGUUUGGAUAGUGAGGUCUGACUUCACGCCUUGUUCCUUGGUAUUGCUGUGCUUCGUAAAUUAGAUGCAUGAGCCGUGUGUACACGAGAGAGUUUUUAUGUUGGCAAAAGAAAUGAGCAUGAUGAUUAAAAAAAAAAUCAUAAAUCAAUAUUGCAAAUCUGAAAGACUAUGUAUCCAAGACUCAUUCUCAUUACCUGGACCAGUUACUCAAUGUCAUUAGACCACUCCCGGACCACCCAUAA